GAAUAUUCAUAUGAUCGACUUGAUAGAUGCACACGCAUGUAGAAUCCAAACUCUCCUCUUCUGGCCGUUUUGACGAAAGGUAAAUAGCCUCCGGCAUUGAUGAUUUGAUGUCACUUGUGCAAAUGGAGUCUUUCACAAUCAUAAAUCAUUAACCUUUCAGUCAGCUAGUGGGCAGUUGUGCGAGGACCAAAAAGCUCCGUGGGUGGCAAAAAUCAACACCAUAUCAAUUUAAAUCCAGUUUCGCUUCUAUACGGUUUUAGUUAUGCUGGAAAGUUGGCGCGCAUCCUGUUCUCAGACAAGAUAGCGCUCCCCCCUGCUGAAUAACAAGGCUGGAAAUCAAGUAGGGGAGAAGACAAAAGGAAACGCGGCUCCUCUUUUUGAGACUUCGCUGUGGACAUGGGACAUUUACCAACUGACUCAUCUUCUUAAUGGAACAAAUGUGGACUUAUCGAGCGUGGCAAAGCAGGGCAUGGCUUUAAGCAGACUCCUGCUGCUAUGUGUGCUAGCCUCUCAAGUGUCGUAUGCCGGAAGCAAGCCCAUUGACUUUGUGUGCAACCGAUCGGCAAGGAGAGCGAUGAACAUUGUGGCAGAAAUGCAGACUGCACUGAAUAACUGCAACAGUUCCAGCAUCCUGCCCACGCCAGUUCAACUGCCCUGCACGGAGCUCCAUGUAGCAUCUUGGGAACGAAAAUCCCACCACGAGAGGAGACAAGACAUCAGUGCUUCGUUGAGGCAUCUUUUUGAGAGUGUCAAGCUUGCGAGGCCCAUCGGCCAGGCGGAAUGUGGUUCAGUGAUUUUGCCGAGAUUGGAACGUAACAUCAACAGCUACCUUCUCAUCCUCACGCAUCUUCAAUUGAGUGAGCAGCAGGGGGCAGUGGAAAGCACGGAAUCGUCUUGUGUUCCUCGAAGUACUCGCAGUCUGAGCACGUUGCUGCUCAGCUACAGGCGGCUCAUCACGGGAAAACUGGAGAGGUUGAUGAUGAGCCUGGAAAGCGAAUGUACUCUCCAGUCAUGAGAGGGGCAUCUCCAACAAACCAACUUUUCAUCUGUUAAGCCCCAAUGAUGAACACUGCGGAAAAAAAUGGAGCUUUAUCCAGAAUUGGAAAUCUGCGAGGAUGUUGCUCAUCACAGAGCUGAAGGCAUGUUGUUCUUCUUCGGACUAACUAGUUGAGUCAACUGAAUUGCAUAACUAACAAACAGCCACUGUCUAGUGAUUGUAGCCAAUUAAUGCACUCCAUUUUUUUUCAACUUUCUUUAAAGGAGCCAUUUUAUGUAUUUUUUGCCCCGUGCCUAUAAAAAAGCUCCCAGGUUUAUUAAUAACAUGUCUGCCAUGUGUAUAAAUACACCAAGGGUCAAAAUUAUAGACUCUUUACACACCCUUAUCAUGCCUUGUUGAAAUUACUCCAUUUUCAAUGGGUGGUCAUAUCUCAGGGAAGCGAGCCAGCCACUGGAUGCCCCCAUAUAAUGAUGAGUAAAUGGUUAGUGUGGAGGUUUGUUUGUUUGUUUGUUUUUACAAUGACAACCGGUAGUGGAGACAUGUGACUGAAUCUGCAAGCAAGCGGCCUCGAAACUACACCACACAAAUAUCAUAUCACCACCACCAAUACCCCAAUAACUUGUGCCGUUUAUCAGAAGCGACGUUGGAUAAUCUGUGCAUUCAACAUUGCAGCUUUGCUUACCUUUCGGCUUCGACACAACAGCACUGCGUCUACGGGGAUGUAUGUAGGUGUUUCUGCGCAAUAGUGUUUGAGACGGUAUAGUUUGGCGGUUGCCUGAAAUUUGCUCGAGAUUUUCACCCAGCCCAGCUAAUCAUGUCAUGUGCAUUGAAAUUCCGCGAAGGGAUGGUAAGAUGUAAACAAGCCAUUUGUGAUGUUACACUUCAGCUAAUUUACAUUUUUUUAAAUAAAAAAAGGCUCACUCAUAGACACAUUUUUAGAAAUAAGCAGAUGACAAAAGACUUCCAUGUUUUUUUUAAUUUUACACUUGAGGGACUGGCAGGCACUCCAGAGACCCAAUUAUUUGUAUACAAGCCAUUUUAAAGUCAAUUUUCCAUAUGUCUCCUUUAAGACUGAAUUCCACCGAAUUGACAGAAUUGUUAAUGAUCAAUGAGUCAUUGAAUCAACUAUUAUGCCCAUCUGGUAGUUUUGCAGAAAUGCAGACAUAAUAAGCGAGAAAGUUAAUUAAAUGAAUCACAUGAAUGACAUUGUCAAAACUCAGGCAUGACUGACGCUUUCACUGAAUUUAACUGGCAUGUCGAAUAGACGAUGAGCUAAAUUAACCUGACAUGACACGCGGAAUCAUUGUAAACCUACAAACAUGAGAACAAGAGAAUGUUUCUGGUAUAAAGUCUUCCCGGUGGACUUCUUUUAUUUAUGUCAACAUGAGUCAUCCUUAAAACAUUCUCUUAAUUUAUAUGACUGAUA